CAUCUUACACUCACUUUCAAACCCAUUCAAUUGGUUCCUAAAGCCUUUCCGCCUUACCUCAGUAUUCUCUCUUAACUUCCAUCUUCCCCUUUUUAUUUCUGCUGUCAAAUUUGUAGCUUAGGCUUUUGUUAACCUUUCACUUAGAGACUACUGUAAUACCCUCCUGCUUUUUUUGCCUCCAGUUUUUCUUCGUUGGUAGUCUCUCCAGUUCAUCCUGUGUUCUGCUUCUGUGUACUUAUUAAUAUUUUCCUAUUUAAAAACCUUAGUCUUCCCAUUGCAUAUAUAAUAAAAGUCUAAACUGUUCAGUCUGAUGCGUACUUUCCUUUGCAUUUGGCUCUUCCGUAUCAUGCCAGGUUUCUAGUUUACUACUGUACAUUCUCCAGUACUACUGUACCGCCUUCAGCCAGGCUCAAUUAUUUCCUCUCUGGGCAAUAUAUGGUAUUUGUACACCAUCAUCUCCAUUGUCUCUCCCUCUCCCCUGAAUAAUUUGACCUACAACUUUUGCUCUAAGGCCCAGCUUGAAUUUCAAGUCAUUUAAAAGUUGUUCCUAAAUAUUCCCCCUGGUCAGAAUUACCUCCUAACUACAUUUUUUGGUUUUAGGUUUCAUCACUCUUUUAUUAGUUAAAAAAAAAUAUGUUUUUGGUUUGUUUCUCCUCUGCUCCUUUAGAUUUUGAGGGCACAGAUUUGAGGUAGUCAUAUUCCUUAGUUCAUAGCACACUGUAUGAGUACCAGACACUUUCUUGUUUUGUUUAUUGUUUCCUUCCUUAUCAGUUACUCCCAUCAUCCUCUUUCCUAUAGAAGUAUACCCCAAUGUGUAAUACAUGAACUAUAUACACUUGUGUAUAUAAACUUGGGUAUAUGGCUGUCCUCCUCCACAAAGAUUAUUAGUUUUGAGUACUUCUAUCUUUGUACAGAGUAAGUGGUUGGUAAAUGUUUGCUACUUGACAUUUAUUGAAAAUUAUUGAUUUUGCUAGCUUCCAUGUUGACUAAAAACCCAGGGAUUUAAUUUCAGUUUUACUCUUCCACGUCUAGUUAGUUAUGGCAAUCCUGAACAUUACCGAUUCUUUCUUUUCCUGUUGCAAACUUCACAUUCUCAUCAACUUUCCAUUUUACUUUUGCAAUAAUUUUUCAACUGGGUCUGCUUUCAGUCUCUCCUUUCUAGAAUCUUUCAUUGUUUCCACAGUUAUCUUAGAAGAAUCCAGAUCAAAUCAGGCCACUCCUUCCCAAUGCUUCAAAAAGAACUCUCAGGAACCAAGAUCUCUUGUCUUAUUUUUUCCCCCCUGUUUUUCUACUAAAUAUCUCUUCUCCAGCCUCUUCUGCAGCUGUACAUGUAAGUUUUUAAAAACACAUUUUACUUGCAGAGCUUUGUGCCUUAUCAUUUUUUUGUCUUUUGAGGUUCAGCUUAUUUUUCACAACCUGCCUGAAGUGUUGAAGUGCUGCAUUCUUCCUUACCACUUUAAUGUUUUUAUUAUAGUAUUUAUUUCAUUGUGCUUUUUGUUAAAACCUUUUGGGAACAUGUCUUAAUUCCCAGUGUCUGGUUCAUUCUUGUUUUCCCUUUAACACAAAGCAUAAAGUCUUGAAUGUAGUGAGUAGAUUGUAACUGCUUUGAAAAAUACUGAAGAAAAUUUGCUAGGGAUGUGAUGGGUACCAGCUUUAUUUUUCAAAUAUUAUACAAUGAUUUAACAGCUGUCAGCACUGUACAGCUGCCUCUGUACAAAUACUUUUUGAAAUGAUGCAGUUUUUUAUCUGAAAAUUGUUGAUGAUGAAAAUACGCAUACAUCAUCAUUUUUUAUUUGCUAACUAAACAGCUGUGCUUUUUGGCAAGAAAAGAAAUCAUUCUUAUAUAUUAUCAUGAGAUUGAGAUUUUUAAAAACAGGAUCUGCUGUGCUCAAUACUUAGAAUUCAUAAUUAGAUACUAUAGUUAAAUAGACCAGAACAUUUGCUUGUAAAUUUAAAAUCUGUGGGCCUAGUGAAGCGUUUGAUGUGUAGGGUGUGGUUCCUGUUUUGUGUGAACAUUAGUACUAUGGAUGUCAAAAAUGAAGUCUUUGAUUUUCAUAAAACUCUAGGUCAAGAAGCUGCUGCCACUUUUAACUGUUCAGUGAACAUUGAUGGCAUAUAUAUGCAGGCAAUUUUGUAGGUGCUAUUGGAAAUACGAAGUUGUUAAAAAUGAUAUUCUCUUUUUCAGGAACCUCCAAAUCUGUUGGGAAUAAGCUGGUAUACAAAUCUUUAUAAAAUAUAAUAGAAUUAUAAGUGCCAUAAAUGGUAUAGGUAAAGUGGUAUGAGGACUUAAAGGUGAAACAGUAUGUGGCUGUGACAUUACUGAAGUAACUGGUAAGAUUUCAGGUCAGCAAGUCGGGGAGGACAUACUGAACUCAGGUAGAGGGGAGGAAGCCCAGGGUGUUUCCUGGGAAUAACUAGUAGUCUAGUUUGACUAUAACAAAAGGAACAUAGAGAAAGAAGUAAAACUAAAAAGCUAGACUGGGCAGGCUGGAGCUUGAUCGAAGUUCUUUGAAUACCAGGCUAAGGACUUUGGAUUUUAUUCAUUUGGCCAGGGAAUCUUUGGUUGUUGAAUAGAGAGUUACCGGAUCAUAGCUGUAGUUAAAGAAUAUUAAUCUUGCCUUGUGUGGUAUAGUUUAAAUGCUAGUUAAAGACUAGAGGACUUGUUUCAAGCUUGAGGUCCACAUUCUUCCCCUCUCUAAACACUUUUUUUUUUUAACUCCCAGUGUGACUGUUCUGGUUUUUUAAAUUUUAAAAAAUCUUCAACUGUGGCUUAGUUGUUCUUUGUAUACCAUGGUGAGUUUCUCUAUCAAGCCUAACUUAUUUGAAACUGGCUCUACUGGCGCCCUAAAUUAGUCAUUGCUUUACUUUUCACUUGCUUUUAGUGUUUGAAGAAUUAUUUUGAGCAUAUUUUAUACCUAUUACUGUGUUUUAAGUUUUUCAUGUUAUCAGUGGCUUUCCCCAAAUACAUAAUAAGGUCCACAUGAGUGAAAUAUUUCUAGAGUAUUUAUUUCUAAAGGUAGCAAAGUAUGAUGGAAAGAACAUGCCUUUUUUUUUUUUAAACAAAAACUGGCUGUGUGACUGGGAAAAUUCCUUAACUAGUCCAUGACUCAAUUUACUUUUUUGUAAAAUGGAUAUGAUUAUCCAUUUUAACAAAAUUGAGAUUACGAAAUGAAAUAGUAAAAUGUGGAUGUGCCUCGCACAUGUGUACGUCUUGAGUAAAUGUUUUUUCUUUUUCCUUUCUUAGUUAAACAUGUAGUGUAGGGCAUUUGAGUCUACUUUUCAGUAAUAGGCAGAUUUAGUGCCUAGGAGAGAUUUAAAACAAAUUGCUGUGGCUCUCUGUAAAUGUGAUUCAGUUCAGAAGUUUCAGUUCUUAUCAAUCCAGCUUUAAGAGUUUAAAAUUAAAAUAUAGGGACUUUCUAGGUGGUGCAGUGAUUAAGAAUCCACCUGCUAAUGCAGGGGAUAUGGGUUCCAUCCCUGCUCCAGGAAGAUUCCCACAUGCUGUGGAGCAGCUAAGCCCUUGCGCCACAACGAUUGAGCCUGUGCUCUAGAGGCCAUGUGCUGCAACUACUGAAGUCCGAGUGCCUAGAGCCCGUGCUCUGCAAUAAGAGAAGCCUCUGCAGUGAGGCGCCCGUGCACCACAAUGAAGAGUGGCCCCCUCUCGCUGCAACUAGAGAAAUCCCUUGAGCAGCAACAAAGACCCAAUGCAGCCAAUAAAUAAAUAAAUAAAUAAAUUUUUUAAAAGUUUAGAAGAAAUAAAAUUAAAAUCUAAAGCUUAUUCCUUUCUUUUCUUAUCUAAGAAAUGAAUGUUUCCUUGAUCGCUACUGAUUUCUAAAAUACAUAUUGUAUAAUUGGUUUGCUACAGCAGCAGAAAUCCUAGUGGAAAGGGUAGGAAAAAACUUUGUCUCUUCUUAUUGAUAUAAUAGGUAAAAUUUACUAAAAUUUGAAAUUAAUUUGCUAGGUGUUCAAGUAUUUCUUCUUUGCUUUAUUAUCCUAGUAUUUUAUUGAAAGUCUUACCUUGAAUUUCCUGAUUAUUAUUAUGCUUACUAAAUUAUAGAACUCUUAAAAGUAAAAACUGUUCUGUCCUUUGCAUAUGGUAGGUGCUUAGAAUAAUUGUUCCUUUGACUUGGGUGCAUUAGGAGUGGAGUAGUUUGUUCUAAUACUUAGACAUUUGCUGAGAGGGGAUGUACCUCUGAUAGUUUGUUGCUGCUUUAAAAAAAAAUCUCUGUCUCUCCUUUUCCUUUUCCAUUUUCUGUAGUCUUAAUUCAGCAGUAACACAGAUUUUAAAAUCUUGAUUGAUAUUAAGACAGUCAAAAGUUUGAUUAGAAUAACUUAUAGGCAAGUAAGGCUUAUAGUAAGCCAGAAGUAUGGCCCAUCUACUGUCAGAGUUCAUUAUUUUAAAGACAAGAAAGGGCUUUGCGAUUAUUUUAUGCAAGGUGAGUUGGUGUGUGCGUGUGUGCAUGUGUGUAGCAGUUAGGUAGUUUGUAUGAAAUCUCUUAUUUAAUGCCUGAGCUGAGGUUAGAAUCCAGGUCUUUUGGUUCAUAGUUUAUUGUUUUUUCAGUAUAAUGCACAGUUGAAUACUGAAGCUCACUGUUAUCAGAUGUCUUGGGUAUGUGUAAGAAAUUAAUUAGGUGAUUUUUUUGUUUUAAACUUACCUGCAAAGAUGAGAUAAGAAGUAUUGGUUUUCAGUAAGAAGAACUGGGCCAUAGUAUUCUGUGACAGUUGGGCUCUCUUCUCAAUUGUAAGUAGUAUUCUGACUCCUUUUUAAAAGAGUUUUUGCCUCUUCUAGUAUUACAUUUUUAACAGGUGGUAGACACUUCACUGCAGAACAUAUUAACUUUAGAAACAAGGUGUUACCAGAAGACUAGGGUGGAACUUCCACAGUGCAAAUGUAGUUCUUGUCUGCAGUUGUGAAGGAGAUAUCUUGAAGCUUUGGAUGGUUUAAUUUUUUUUAAUUGGUAUGUAAAGUCAGCUUUAUUAAAGUUAAGAGGAUUUCUUUGUUUUGUUUUUGGUAUGUUUUUGCUGUGGUUCUUACAUUUUAAACUAUGAAUUAAGGCUGCAAACACCAUUUGCUGGAAAAGAAGACAGAGGAAGUCAGUGAGAAAACUGUUGGAUGUUUAGAGUUCUCUGAAGUGGCUGGAUGUGGGAAGAAACAGUAGUUUUUUUUUUUAUCAGUAGUAGUAACAAAUUAGAAAGUAUAAUGUGGAAAAGAGAUAAGAUUCAAAUUAGCAACAAAAAGUAUGAGAUACUUGGGAAUCUAAGUAGUGUAACAAUCUUAUGAGAAGAAAUCUACAAAAUUAUUGGAUCAUUAAACAAGAUUUAAAACCUUUGGAAGAGAGAUUUAAAACCUGCUAGGAACAUUUGAAACUGUGAAGAUGUUAAUUUAUUCCAAGUUAAUUUACAAGCAUAAUAUGAAUUCAAAAUUUCAGUGGAUUUGGUCUUUUUUUUUUUUUUUUUAAUUGUAAUUGGAAAUGGUUCUACACCUUAGCUGCACAGUAGAAUUACCUGGGGAGCUUUAAAGUGUCCCAGUACCCAGGCCAUACCCCACAUACCUCAGCCCAGUAAAAUCAGAACACCUUGGGGAGGGAUCUAGAUAUCAGUAUUUCUUAACCUUUUAUAUUUAUCAUCACAGCCUAUUGACCUCACUUUUGGUUUUUGAGUUUCUAUUAAAUAUUUUAAGCAGUUAUAAUUAUUUGUAGAGAUUGAUUUUUUGUAAGUUUUAUUAUUAGAGAUUUUCAAAACAAAAAGGAAAUUUACUUGCUAAAAAAUAUAGCUCGUUAUUACCAUAUGGGUUUUUCUCAAACUCAGAAUUAAUUAGUAAACAAUAUUCUUAAAAACAGAAAUAGAAAUAUUAUAGAUUCAUGCAUGGUAACUCAUGAGCAGUUAGUUGCAUUUAAAGGAUACUGUUCUUUUGUAUCUGUAUACCUUCUAUAACAGAAAUGUGGAAUAAGAAAUUUGCUAUGUUUAAAUUUUUAUAAAGAUUAUUCUUAAAGUUUAUUAUUUUUUACUAUUCAUUUAUUCUUAUUUCUGUAAAUUAGUUAUAAAAUGGCUUAAAAUAUUAAAAGUAAAUAUAAAGGGUAUUUUGGACCCAGAUAGUAAAUUGGGAUGGCUAGUUUUUUCUGGUAUACUAAAGGUUAGAGCUCCCCUGUGGUUCCAGGCAGCUAAGGUUGGGUACUACUGUUCUGAGUCGAUGUCAUCUGGACAAAUAAGCAGAGGAGACUAGGUAAAACAUUUAAAAGGUAAUGGAAAGUAGUCUAGACUAGUUUUACCAAGUUGCGUGGUACUGACGAAAGAAUUAUAAAAAAGAUUAAUGUAUUAGACCAGAUAGCCUAGAAGCAGUUAUAAUACUAUAUAAAAAUUUGUCAUAAAUUAAUAGGUUAGAUUAUUAAUACCAAUAAAUAAUAGCUACCACAUGUUGCCUACUUGCUGAACAUUUUAUAUGCGUUAUCUCGUUUAAUCCUCCCCCGAUAUAGCUCUUAUUAUUUCCAUUUAUAAGUGAGGAAACCUGAGAUGUCACAGUAUUUGGUGAUCCUGGAGCAGUUAGUUGCUUUAGAAUGCAAAUAUUUGAAAAGGAAAAUGGGUUUUUAACCUAUGCCAGAAUAAAUUUCAGGUGGAUAAAAGAACUAAAUGUAAAAUUCAGAUCAUGAAAUAUAGAGAAUACUAAAUAGAUGCACCCGCUAUCUGGAUAAGGGAAGCUUAGGAGUCAUGGAAAAAAAUCACAAAGGAAAAAUAUCUGUAAAUGUAACUACUUAAGAAAUAAAACUCUCUCUGUCAAACACCAUAAACAAAAUUACAGACUAAUAUACUAGGAAAAGCAAUGAAAUAAAUGGGUUAAUAGCCUUUAUGUAUAAUGUAUUCACACAGAUUAAAAACCUCUAAAUAUAUGAGUGUAGAAAUAAGAGUAAACACAAUGGAAAGUAGCUGGCCUCACGAGGUAGCUAUGAAAUGAAACAUUCAGUUAAAUUGAAAGUACUGUUCUUUAUUGUUUUAAGACCUUUGUCCAUAUUAUUAGUUCCUUUGCAAGGCUGACUCCUCAUCCUUUAAGACCCAGUGUGUAACACCACCUUAGUGAAGUCUUUUUGAACUACUCAGUAAAUAAGUUUUUCUCUGUGUCUUGGCACACUGUUGAUUUCCUUCAUUGCACUUCACCUUUUGGGAUCACCUAUUCGUUUACUUACUUAUCUUUCUCUCCUCCACUAGACUGAGCUCUGAGAGGAAAAGAAUAAUAUUCGGCAUUUAGAAAGUGUUCAGUGGAGUUAUUGAAUGAAUAAAAAGAGAAGUAAAGAAUAAAGCGAGAUACCAUUAAAAAAAGUCUGCCCUAUUUGCUGAAAUUUUUAAAGAAAAAUACUUUGUGAGACAAGAUGGGAUGGCUACAGUCAUUGUGCUACUUGGUAAAUUGGUGUUACCUUUCAGAAUGGAAAUUUUGUAAAAGGUAGCAAGAACUUUAAACAUUAGUGCCUUUUGACCCAAUAAUUUUACUUCUUGGAAUCUAUCCUAAAGAAGUUACCUCCCAGAAGAUGGGGAAGCAUUCUUCCUCGCUCUUACUUUAUUCACUAGUAUUCCUUCCUAAGAAAAGUAGACAGAAGUCCAGUUGGGCCACAUUUUAUAGUUGUCUUCUGCUUUUCAUGCAGAUAUGCAAGGGACCCACUCCUUGAUUAACCUCAGUAUUCUUGUAUUCUAAUACUCUCACAAAAGUCUUUGAGAAUUCCUGCUGUUUGGGGGCACUUCAGUGCACAGGUGGUAGAUUUGGCUUUGGAUUUUGGGGGAAGGCAGAUGGUCCUGUUUAGGCCCUGAGCCAAAGGGUAAUGCCUUAAAUCCAGUUUAUUAAGAACCUUGCUUUGGGGUAUCUAGCAGUAAUCCAGCUAAAGGUGGUACUUUGAUUUUCCUUUUGAUAAUUUUCAGUUCCUCCCUGUUGUGCCCCCCAUCAUCUCUUUCUCGUGUUGUGCGCGUGUGGCAUUUGUGUAUUCUUGGGUUUUCAAACUCAGUGCUUCCCUUCUCUCUCAUGUUAGACACAUACAGAAAAAUUUUCAGGACCAACAGGGAUAAUGGAAAGGGCUGCUUAAGGCCAAAGGCCUUAAGUUCUUUGUGCUCAUUAAUUUUCAAAUAUAGGUCACAAUCCAUUGCUAAAGUCAGUCAAGUGGGCUGCAGCUAUCAUUAAAAUAAAUGAAGAUGCUAGAAUACAUCAUUCAUAGUUGAAAAAAUUGUAUGAGUAUUGUUUGUAACAUUGCAGUAUGAAAUAUGUAUAUAGUUUAAAACAUUUGUUUAUUUAGUUGCCCCAGGUCUUAGUUGUGGCAGGCAGCCUCCUUAGUUACAGCAUGUGGGCUCCUUAGUUGGAGGCAUGCAUGUGGGAUCUAGUUCCCUGACCAGGGAUUGAACCUGGGCCCCCUGCAUUGGGAGCACGGAGUCUUUUUUUUUUUUUUUCUAAAAAUUUAUCUCCGUUUUAUUUAUUAUUUUUUGGGGGGGGGGUACACCAAGUUCAAUCAUCUGUUUUUAUACACAUAUCCCCAUAUUCCCUCCCUUCCUUGACUCCCCCGCCUCGAGUCCCCCCCACCCUCCCCGCCCCAGUCCUCUAAGGCAUCUUCCAUCCUCGAGUUGGACUCCCUUUGUUAUACAACAACUUCCCACUGACUAUUUUACAGUUGGUACUAUAUAUAUGUCUGGGGAGCAUGGAGUCUUAACCAGUGCGCCACCAGGGAAGUCCCUGAAAUAUAUUUCUUAUCCGUGUCACUGUCAAACUUUGAAAGCUAUUUGUUCUAGCCAAAUACCAGUUAAAUGCCCUGAACUUCACUUUUGUUGCAUUGCAUCAUUCUUAAACAGAGGGGAAGUUUAUGAACAGAGAUACAAGUUUAAUAUAUUAUAAAAUUGGAACAGUGAAACAUUAUCAGAAGACUGGCUAAUAAAUAAAUCAUGAUGACCUAUCCUUUCAGGUUAUUUGCUCAAAUUAGUAUUAUUUUGUCUUCAGUGUUUUUUGGGUUUGCAGUGAAGGUCCAGAGGUUAGCAAUAGCUUUCUGAGUUCUGUGGAGCCUUAAGGAAUAAUCAGUGUGCCAUAAUAUACUGGUGACAGCACGAAGGAAUCCCCUUUGAGCCCCAGUUCUGUGACAGCCUUGGGCAUGGUACUUAACUCCUUUGUAUCUGUUUGCUCAUUUAUAAAGUAGAGUUAAUAGUGCAUAUCUAUCAUAAGAUUGCCCAGGGUGGGAAAUACAGUAAUGCAUGUCAAGUGGUCAGCUCUUGCUUGGGCUUCCAGUGAAUAAAUUCCACGCUGUUUUGCCUGCAUCUAUUUGUGACUUAGUUUCUCCUUCAGCUCACAUUUCAGCAAAUAUUACUAGAUGUUUCUCUGAGAGAUAAAAACUUCUCUAGUUAUUUCACAGGAGUUUGAGACAGUUAAAAUCAGAAGAUAAUAAAUGUGAAACGUACUGCAUAAAUUUGUGGUGAUAUUAGUUCCAGUAGUAACAAUAAUAGGAAACCUGCUUGCAUUGCAUAUGAGCUGAUUAAUAACUGUAUAAUGAGUAGAAUCAGUAAUUGAUUCAGGUGGGAAUAGAUACUUCCAGUUUUCUACAAGUGCCAACCUCUUUCCUGCCUUAGGACCUUUGUAGUUAUUCCUUUUCUCUGGAAUAUUCUCCCUCAUCCUCACCCCUCAUGCGUAUCUAGUUCUGUCCUAUCAAUUGAAAAGAUACCACUUUAGAAAGACCUUCCCUGACCACCCAGUCUCAGUAGACUGGGUAGUCCCAGUAGAUUUUUUUUAAAAAAUCACUUUAAAAAAUUACAAUGUUAAUUAUUACUUGGGUCUCGACUUUUUUCUGUUUGCCUCCUCCCCAACUAGGACAUAAGCCUGGAAAGGACAGAGACCUUGCCUGUGUUGUUUAUUAUUUUUUCCUGUACCCAGAUCAGUACUCUUGUUGAAUGUUUGACUGUAAUGUAAAGUAUGAAAAAUUAUCCAUAAUUGUACCUCCCAGAGAUAAAUAACCAUUAUUGAUAUUAUGGUAUAUAGUUUUCUAAUUUUACAUACUUACUGGUGUCUAUGAUUAUGCAUUUGUGCCAUAUCUCAUUGAAUCUAAAGAUGAACAUGUUUUACUAUAUUUUAAGUCUCUCAAAGUGGUAUGUCAUAUAAUCAAGGUUGCCAUGAUUUAAUUGGCAGCGUUUUUCUUUGUUAAUAGCACAUAAAAUGAGGAUGUGUCUUAAUAGCAUCUUAGAUUUGAUGAAAUUUGGUAUAUAUUUGAAACAAAAAUGAGAUCAUUAUGUUCAACUCUCCCCACCUAGGUACUUUGAGCAUUUUCCCAUAUCAUUAUAUUUAGAUCUAUCACAUUCUUAACAGAUAUCUAGCAUAUUAUUAAGGGUGUAUCAUAAAUUGUUCAACCAGUUCCUCUUGAUGAACAUUUGAAGCUUUUCCAGUUUUUUUCCUGUUACAAGUAGUGCUGUGUUGAAUAUCCUUGUACAUAUCUUUAUGCAUUUGAGUGAAAUUUCUUUUGAGUAUCUGGGUCAGUGGGUACACAUAUUUUCUGUAGCGUAUGAGGGUACCUGUUACCCUGUAUCCUCAGUAGUAUUCCAUCUUAAGAAAUUUUUAAAAUUUUUGCUAAUUUGAUGGAUGAAAAAAAUCCUGUUUUAUUCAUUUAUUUAAUUAUGAAUGAAUUGAGCCUCUUCUCAUGUUUACUGUUUCUGUUUUCUCUUCUGUGAUGCACUUGUGCAUAGGGCAGUAGGCUUUUAAUUGGCCAGCAGAUUUUCCCUAAUUAGAAAUAGAGGCCAUUACAGUUUGGAGCCAUGCGUUGUCAUAUUAAUUUUUGGGAACAACUUUUAGGGCAAAGUCCACCAUUGUGGAAGGCUGGAGGGCUUUAUAAGGACCCAGGAUUAGGGGAGAGACAGAAUUCAGGAAUAAUCAGAAUCGUUGUGUCCUUUAUGAUGGAGGACAAAAAUGGUUACAGUGUCAUCAGUUUGUGAGCUGAAUACUGGAACUUAAACCAUGCUAAAUGCUCCUCUCCUUUUUAAUAUGAUUUGAUUGUAGUAUGGUAUUGUUUGUUAGGUUAGUGGUCUGAAAUAGAGCACAACUCUGGGACUUGAGUGAAGUCAAUAUUGGAUCUAGAGAUUAAAUCUGUGAUUGUUUAAAAUUAAAUUAAUAUGGUUUUUUUGCACAUUGCCAAGAUGUUCUUGUCAACAGUUUUGAGCACUUUUGCUGUACCAGACACUAUGUGUUUCAAAUGGUCUCCGCCUUUUAGUUUCCAUUGCAGCCUAUGGAGAAGACAGAUUUCAGUCCUUUGGUAAGGGUGAAUCCAGAAGGUACAGGAAAUAUGAAAAGCACAGAGGAAGGUGUUUAGUCUAACAGAGUUUAAGGAAGGCUUCCUGGAGCUGCUGUGAUAAACUAAACUGAGUCUUGAAGAGACUAAGAGUUAGCUGAGGGUGGUAAAUAGUAAAGGAUACAACAGCAGGAGAGAAGAUAUGUCUGGUUGAAACAGACUACAAGUGGUAGGGUUUCCUUAGAACAUAAAAUUCGAGGUAAAGAGUGAUUUAUGAUGAGUCUGGAAAGUUAAGCAAGAACCAGGUAAUGAAGGGCCUUAAAUGCUAUGUUAAAGAUUCUGCAUUUUAUAGGUUAAGGGGAGUAAUUUUGAGUAAUGUCGUGGUCAGAUUUGCAUUUGAGAGAUCAUUGCCUGAAGAUUGAUUUAAGGGGCAAGAUCUGUGGCAGUGAGAUGUGUCGGGAAACCAUGCUGGUACUCCAGGCUAUUAGCAAAACAUGGUGGAUCGUUUGGCAAACAGUGAAGCAAAUACUAGACGUAUAAAUAUAGUAGAAAACUGUUUUGGAGCAGCUGGCCAACCCUUAACUAUACCUGGACGGGUUCUUAUUGGAGAAGGAGUAUUGACUAAGUUGUGCAGAAAAAAGCCCAAAGCAAGGCAGUUUUUCUUAUUUAAUGAUAUUCUUGUAUAUGGCAAUAUUGUCAUCCAGAAGAAAAAAUAUAACAAACAACAUAUUAUUCCCCUGGAAAAUGUCACAAUUGAUUCUAUCAAAGAUGAGGGAGACUUGAGGAAUGGAUGGCUGAUCAAGACACCAACUAAAUCAUUUGCAGUUUACGCUGCCACUGCCACUGAGAAAUCAGAAUGGAUGAAUCACAUAAAUAAAUGUGUUACUGAUUUACUCUCCAAAAGUGGGAAGACACCCAGUAAUGAACAUGCUGCUGUCUGGGUACCUGACUCUGAGGCUACUGUGUGUAUGCGUUGUCAGAAAGCAAAAUUCACAGCUGUGAAUCGUCGUCACCACUGUCGCAAGUGUGGUUUUGUCGUCUGUGGGCCCUGCUCUGAAAAGAGAUUUCUUCUUCCGAGCCAGUCCUCUAAGCCUGUGCGGAUUUGUGACUUCUGCUACGACCUGCUUUCUACUGGGGACAUGGCCCCGUGCCAGCCUGCUAGAUCAGACUCUUAUAGCCAGUCACUUAAGUCUCCUUUAAACGAUGUCUCUGAUGACGACGACGACGAUGACAGCAGUGACUAAGGGCGCGUUUUGAAAUGUUUAAUCGGGUGUGACUGAGAAAUCAGCUCUGGGCGGAACGUAACAUUCUGAGCUUUCUCUCAGUUUUGCUCUAGCCAUGAAUUUGCCUGAGAAACUUUUAACCUAUGUGCCUCAGUGUAUUCUAUAGAAAAUAGGUCCUGUUAUUAUCACCCCCCCACCCCAAGUGCUGCUGCCACUCUCUCCUCACCUCCCCCAGCUCCCUGUUCUUCUACAGGGGUAGACUUGUGAAUAUAUCAGAUAAAUUUUUGGUUGCUUAUUCUUGUUUAAAUUCUAGACUAUUUUCUUGGAUGGUUGGGAAAAGAUGUUUAUUUAAUAUCAUGUACUACACUGUUUAUUACAUGUUCUGUUAUAUGGAAAAACUAAAAGCAAAGAAUGAUGGAAAAAGGAGUAUGAUGUGGUUAGUUAAUAAUGUUAUUAGCUUUUUUCUAACCAUCAUAUCUAAAGGUUAAGACACCAGGAACAGAAAUACAUGCUUUAGAAACACUUUGUUUGGCUUUUUCGUAUGCCAGGUGGUGCCUUAUCAUAAUAGCACUGUUGCAUGAAAUCAGCCCCUACCUUCUCACUUUUUAGUUUGUUUAAAAAUACACUGGUGCUCUUUGAGGUAUACAAUGAAUGUUAUAAAUGGGUGUAAUUAGAAAAUACUUCUCAUUUGACAGCAACAAAUAUGAAUAAAUAUUUUUCCAUAAAAUAGUUGUGAUUACUGUAUAUUUUUACUUUUUUGUAGGUACCGAAUUAUAAUUGUCAUUCUUAGGAAUUUGGUUUGAUAUUUAUCAAAUACAAAUUGUCAUUGCAUUAUUUAUACUUUUAAUAAGACAUUUUUAGGUAUAAAGUCAUCUGCUUUAACAUUGUUUCUAGAAUGAAAAAUCUUAUACAACUUCUUGAAAUCUUUUACAACUUUUGAAAAAUCUUAUGCUAGAGCACACAUCUACUUAGGUUGAAGAUUUGGAAGAAAUAAUGUAUGAGAAUGGUCAAGAGAGACCAGUUAAGUUUGGCUAGACUUCAUGUCUAUGGAAGUAUUUUCUAUUUCAGUGUGAAACUAUCUUAAAUUUGCAAAUAUAGUGUUAUAUUUUAUAAAGUUUUGUAAAGUCCCAAACAAUAUUUCUAUUUUUGUAAAACAAUUGUAUGUUUAAUCUGUUUCUGAAAUCAUUUUGCAGUCUAUGGAAAUAGAGUAGCAAUUGAUCUUUCUAAAUUGUGAAGGUUAUUGAGUCAGUCUAGAUUGCUUUGAAGAAGGGGUAAUUUUUCACUCUUUGCUUUUGAGGCGGCCAUUAGGUUGAAAGUAUAUUUAUCAUAUGAAACUUGAUGCAUUUUGCACUACUCUCCAUUUGUAUGCUGCAGGUAACUAUAAUCAAAUAUGAAAAAUCAGUCUGAAGUUUGUUUUAAAUUCUAAAUUCUUUUGUUUUAAAAUUUUUAAAUCUGAAUAUAUUGCAAAUGUCAUGAGAGGAAUGACUUGUGCUGGAGGAUUCUUUGGUUUGUUAAGGCACUAACUUUACUUUCAAAUUGUGAAAACACCUGAGAUUUAUACAUCUCCCUGUAGGAAAUGUGAAAGAAAGGCACAGCAGGUUUUUUGUUUGUUUUAAUAUCAUAUGGACUUUUGUUUCUAAGCAAUAUUUACAUAUAAUCAAUCAACAUUCAAAAAGGACCAUGAAAUCUGAAAAGUGCUAAUGGAGACUUGCUGGUACAUAGGAACCUAGCAAAUUCAGGAACCAAGGGGAAAUGUUCUGAGAUAACGUUUGUGUUGUCAACCUCUAUUGACUCUGUUUUCACAAUAAAAAAUAUUUUACAGCU